AUGGCCGAAGGACGCGCGCGGCGCAGCGAAGCGCCGGCGCACGCCCCCGCGGACGAGGAGUACGGUCGCCGAUUUCUCUCUCUCGCACGCUGUGAUGGCAGCCAAGGCGACUUCGACUCCCUGGCGUGCGCACGCUUCCUUCGCCACGCCUUCUUUGGAACGCCCUGUGAGGCACUUUCCCGCGAGGUGGUCCAUCGCUGGCUGCGCAGCCACCUUGGAGGACUUGGAGAGGCGGAGGAUGCGAUAUCCUCUCUGGAAGCUGCACUUGGACCCUUCGCUCCCAGCAUGCGAGGCGUCGUGGCGCCUCCGGCGUUUGUUUUCGGCGAGGGAUGGGUUGAAGCCUGGUACAAGCCACUUCUUCUCCGCUGGUUUCUCGAAGGGCAGCGCUACGUCGCUAGACGGAAGCUGCAGCGGCAGGGCUUCGUCGAGACGUGUGCAGACGCGGCGGGCCUGCCCCAGUUGAGCUUUUGGGAACGCGAGGGGGAUGCGAGCGAGGAGGGUGGUGAUCCGAAUGAGCCACCACUCGUGGUUCUCCACGGCUACGGACGAGGUUUGGCAUCGCCGCUCUUUGAGUGGAUGAUCCCCAGUCUCAAGCGGAGGCGCGUCAUUAUCGUGGACUGUCAGUGGCUGAUGGUGACUCGAGUUCCCGUGCGGGGAGAUUUGGCGAAAACCCCCACUGUUCGCCAGAUCUCCGCUGCUGUAGCGGCCUACCUGGCCAGGAGGCCGGGCCUGGAAGUGGACAUCCUCGCCCACAGCUUUGGCACAGCCGUGGCUUCCGCGCUGGUGCGGGAGAUGGAGGCGCGUAAGUCGAGUGAUGGGGAGCCCGUGACUGUUCGGCGGACGGUGCUGAUGGACCCAAUGUGCUUCAUCCCAGGCAUCUCCAAGCAAGCGCAGCUGUUGCGGCGUACCCCCCAAGACGUGGCGAUGGAACUUCUGGCAGAGUCGACGAACGGCCCAGCUCCCACAAUGUGGGAAGUGCUGCAAAACGUGGUGAACAAGCCUGAGCCGUGCGUCGACGAACUGGACCAGGAAGCUGCUGCUGUGGAGCGCAGGAAAUGGAUUAUUUUCCAGACCUACUUUUUCAAUUAUUUCAUUUUCCGUGACUUGGUCUAUUGUUGGGUCAACAGUCGUGCCCUGCACGGCCCUGAAUAUUUGGAUCGGGGCCUUCUUCGGCAGAUGAACCAACAGGGCAGGCUGCUUACGAUCUUAGCCGAGACUGACACCAUGAUCCCAGCCGCGCAGCUCUACAAGGAGCCUAUGUCGAGCUUCUGA